GCAGCGGCAAUAAUCGUCGGCAACGUCGGCGACGAUCACAUGAUUUUUGACGUUUAGUAGCGCUACUGCACCGUCGUUGUUCCCAACAUGGCCGCGACGGAAUGCGAAGCAACGGAGGACAGCUCGACGGACCUGUUGAGCAACGCAUUCUCCGAUGAGGCUGUCAACGUGACUGAGAAGCACGAGAGCUCCAGCAUUCCGUUGCAGACACCAUGGACCUUCUGGCUCGACAAGGCUGUGCCCGGCACAACUACCGAAGAGUACAAAGCCAAUCUGCAGAAGAUCUACACUGUAGAUACUGUGCAAAAUUUCUGGGCCGUCUUCAACAACAUACCAAAUGCCGGGGACAUGCAGGUCAAAUACAGUUACCAUUUAAUGAGAGAUGAAAGAUAUCCCCUAUGGGAAGACAAACUGAAUCAAAGGGGUGGAACCUGGAGACUAAAGUGCCAUAAAUAUGAUACCGAACGUGUGUGGAAGGAAGUGGUGCUAGCAGCAAUCGGGGAACAGUUCACCUCGCAUGUCGCACAGGACGACGAAGUUUGCGGAGUCACCGUCUCUAUUCGUGACAGAGAAGAUCUCAUUCAAAUUUGGAAUAUCAACGCUGAUUUGGCGUCAAAGGCCACGGUCGUACAGAAAGUUCAUGCCCUGGUGCCUAACGUAACUUUUCUGGGAGACUUUUACAAACCUCAUCAGUCUCACCACGCCUAUGGGAGACGUUAAAAUAUAUACAACAGCGCUGUGAUGAUAAUUAGGAAGAUGAAGGGAUACGUUAUUACUACAAUAACAUAAGACGUGUUAUCUGCAAAUGGAUAUUCACACACCAUUGUAACGAAAGCUCGAAGAAAGUCUGUUUUCAUUAAGAUCGCGCCCGAAGAUGCCAUUUAUAUCUUGUUUCUAACAUUUGUUAUCAAGUACACGCGCGGCUUGUUGUUCAACGCGCGUGCUAUAUUUAAUAAAGCGUUAUUUACUCGCUGGGUACGAUUAUAUAUAUUUUAGAAACGAAAGAGAGGAUCGCUGUUGUAACGCUGUUUUAUCUCGAACGUGAAAUAUAUUUUUAUAUCUACCACGUA